CAGCCUACUUUGUGAAAGAAAACAUUGGGGUUUCUUUGGCUGUUCUUGAUAAGCCUAUAAAAAAUGACAUGUUUUAGUUGCUUCUAGUUGCUGAACUAAAGGAACCCUGCAGCCUUCCCAUGCUAUCUGUUGACAUGGAAAACAAGGAAAAUGGCUCUGUCGGUGUAAAAAAUUCGCUGGAGAAUGGGAGACCACCCGAUCCUGCAGACUGGGCUGUAAUGGACGUCGUCAAUUAUUUCCGAACAGCGGGAUUUGAGGAGCAAGCUAGUGCUUUUCAGGAACAGGAAAUUGAUGGAAAAUCCCUGCUAUUGAUGACGAGAAAUGAUGUGCUGACAGGACUUCAGUUAAAAUUGGGGCCUGCUCUGAAAAUCUAUGAAUAUCAUGUAAAACCUCUGCAGUCAAAGCAUUUAAAGAACCACUCUUCGUAGUACAGUCAAGCUGGGGUCUCAGACCUCAAAAAAUACACAAAGACAUAAUUCAGUUUCAUGUGAUGAAACUUUGUAAACAGAAUACAUACAUGUGUAUAUGUAAAGAAUUUCAACCAAAUGAAAUGUUAUCCUAUUGGAUAGACUAGGCAAUCCAUCAGCUGACCUGAAUUCAGCUAGGAGGAGCAAGGAGAACAUGAGAACGUGUGGACAGGAUAGUUUUCCUUGUGGAGUUUGUCAAAGAGAGUGA